AAAAACAUUUGCUCUUAAAAAAAAUAAAAAAAAAUCGAUAAUGACACUAAAGGGAGCUUUGUCUGUUAAGUUUGACGUUAAGUGUCCGGCAGACAAAUUCUUUUCAGCUUUCGUUGAGGACACGAAUCGCCCUUUUGAAAAAAAUGGCAAGACGGAAAUCGAGGCUGUGGAUUUGGUGAAGAAAACGAUGACAAUUCAAAUGAGUGGCUCCGAAAUCCAGAAAUACUUCAAGACGCUUAAAGGAUCCAUUGCUGUUACUCCGAUAGGGGUUGGUGAUGGUAGCCACGUGGUAUGGACAUUCCACUUCGAGAAGGUUCACAAAGACAUCGAUGAUCCACAUUCCAUCAUCGACGAAUCUGUCAAGUACUUUAAGAAGUUGGAUGAGGCUAUUCUUAAUUUUAAAGAAUAAUCUAAAAUUUUAUACAAAGUGGAACCCAUAUAUAUAGUUAUUUAUAUCUAUUAUUCUAUCACACUAUAUGAAAUAGUUAUCGUUAUAAUAAUUGGAUUUAUGAUGUAUUUACUUAAAUUCUUUGAAAAUGCAUAAUCAAUAAAUAUUUG